AUGGAUCCUGCAGCUAGUGAAGAGCAGAGCCUAGAAACAGAGCAGCUGAUUGAGAAACAAAGCUUUGAACCCGAUUGUCAAGGAAAUGUUUUGAAGGAAAAUGAUGAUGAAGAGAUUGUUUUUGUUAAUGAAGAAGAAGAUGAUGACUACGAAGACGACAUAGACAAAGAAGAUGUUACACAGGAAGUUGAAGAUGACAUCUUGGAAGGAGCAAGACACUCCUAUGAGCAAUCCAACAAUAAAGAGAAUAAUGUGAAAGAACAUGAAGAAGGAAUUGUAGAAGAUGAACUAUCUAGGGUAGAAAACUGUAAUUUGAAAAGCACACAGAAUGAUGUUGCCAUAACAAGUUGCCAACAGAACUAUGAUGGCAUUGAUAGCUACCGAACGAAGUUCAUGUACCUGGAUGAUAUUACUGCAAUCACCAGAAGGAGAGUGCUUUUGGGAGCACUACUAGUACUAAUCUUGUACUUUGUGCUUAAAGGCAUUCUUCCUCCCGUUAUAGGCGGAUUCAAGAUUUUAAAUCAGUGA